AUGGAUCCUAAUCAAAAACAUCUUAUAGAAGUUAUCCUAGUUGAAUGGAAGACUUACCUUGAUGCUCGCAAAACCUACAAGGAGAAAAUACUUAGAAAUAAUUAUAAUGGUUCUUUAGAAAAUAUUUUGAAAGAAUUUAAUAGUCUGGUAAACAGACUAUCUGAUAGUGAUUUGAAGCAAUUUAUCCUGUUUACUUCAAAGCAAGAUAUUGUUGUUUUCUGUGACUUUAUGAUAGAAGAAAUCACGACCCUACCUGAAAAUGAAUUGGGUACAUUUAAGGGAUUCAUCAUAGAAAGACAUAGUAAAUAUCUUGGUUCAUUGGUAGAUAUGUGCCACAAUUUACCUGAAAAUGUAAAGAAAUAUAUUAAUACGGAGAGAUCUCUAUAUAAGAAAAAUUUAUAUCAUGAUUCACAGUUUGAUGUUAGCAAUUUUAAAGAAAUAAAUGAAACUUAUAGUAGUUUAAUUAGUACUUUAGAUGAUGAUA